UUGUGGGACUCAUAGCAAGUUACCAGCUGUGUAUAAGAUUAGAACAGAUUAUUCUACUCUAUCGUAAUUUUGUAUUUAUUAAGAGACGUGUAAUUCUGUAUCAAAUGAGACACGGAAGUGUUCGUGUACUUUCUAUAAAUGAAUGGUUGAUUAGACUGAUGGCAUGAACUUCAAUAUUGCAUAUUGGGCAUCAUUGCGUAAACAGACAUACCAAUUAAGUGUGUGCUACAUUGUUUUGAAUGGAUAGAGACAACUGUUUGGUCUGCAACGUUGCGUCUGGCAUAAGUGAGGAUGAUCAAGUGAACUCGGAACCUGAAAACGAUGUGUUUUGUGAAUUGCCACAGUUAAGCAACUCAUUUGUAGACUUUGAACAAGAACUGGGAAGGAAGGAACUGCUGUCUCAUCUUGCUGAGCCUACUGACAGACCCCUUGAAGUUAUGGGAAUUGAAAAUACAUGGAGUGAGGGGAAUACUUUCGUCAGCCCUCCUCCAGGAGACUUUCCCAUUCCUUUGCCACCCCCUGGAGGAUUUGAUGACAUUGCAUGCUUGGACACAGGUGCACCAGCUCCAGAACAAGGCCCAUUUCCUGACCCUGACUUGGGCACCCUCUUCUCAAGCGAAUCAGAAGCCCAGGAGGAUGUAAGAGAUUCAGCUGCAUGUCCUGGAGUGUGUGGCUUGAGAAACUUGGGCAACACAUGUUUCAUGGCAUCAGGUCUGCAGUGCCUGACUGUUGCUCCACCCCUGAUGCAGUCCUUCCUCUCACGGCCAUUUUCUGAAAAAGAAAAUGUUCACUCACUCACUGAUCAGUUUGCUUCACUGCUCCAGAAAAUUUGGAGUGGGAAAUACUGUGUGUUGCGACCUGUUGAGUUCAAACAGGCACUGGGAUUCAACUAUCCACAAUUCAAGGACUUCCGACAGCACGAUUGCCAGGAGUUCCUUGCUUUGCUUUUGGACAAUCUGCAUGAACAGCUGAACACUGCCAGCUGUAAGAGCAUCUUGUCUGAUGUUUCUACUCCUCCACCCACACCACAUAGUCAGUGUGAGAUUCUGGAUGAGCGAGAGGCAGUAAGGAAAGUAACUGAUGUUUCGGAUCAGGAGUCAUUUACCCAAAGUGGAAUUUCAUUUGAUGGAUUGCGCUGCAGUCAUUCGUCUUCAUCGCACAGCUCUGAGAGUUCAGAAGAAAGUCGCACUUUGUUUCGUCUCAGACCAAUCCCAGAAGACACUGUAUCUUUCAGAGAUGUGAAUCCCAGUAACGAUAAAAAUCACGGGACAGUAAUGCAAGAAAUUGGUUGCACUACUCAUACUAUAAAUGAUAAUGAAUCAGAGAAAGAAGUCCAUUUUAUAUGUAACCAGACUUUUAGUAGUGAAAAUAACAGCAAUAAUGUUGCUCAAAAGUUUCGAAGAAAGGAGUUCCAGAUUUGUGGUGUUGAGCCAGUUCUGGAGAAGAAUGAAGUGGCACUCCAACUGAACAACGCAUCACCUUGUUUGAGAGGUUUGGAAGACAUUUUGAAGGAUGCUAAGACAUCAAAUGUGAAUGUCUUAGUGACUGAACAGGAGGCCAACAAUGAGAUAAGAUUUGACUCUAAAAAAUUUCCCAAAUAUGAAAAUGCAAGAUGGAGAGAUACAUUGGAGAUGCCUAAUUUGACAGAGUUUCAUAAUUUUGAUGGCAAGACAGUAAGUGUUAAACGAAUCAAGGAGACUAAUCUCUUACAGGAGCCAGUGGACUCUCCACCAGAAUGCAGCGAGGAGCUGGUUCUUGAGUCAGGCAAAUUCUUCAGCAACAUUAAGCGCAUGAAACUGGAAGAGCGUGAGAAGAACUUCCGUAUGGAGUGUGAACGUAAGCUAAGGAGUCUUGAUCCCUCUGUAGCGGGAGAGACGAGUUCAGCAGAUGAGUUGCUAGGUGCUGGGGCUUCCUCCUGCCACACACAUCUUCCUAUUAACUUCAGCGAUGAGAUAGAGGCCGAUAAGCAUUGGGAGAAACACCUGAGUGCCAACCAGAGCGUCAUUGUUGACACUUUCCAGGGACAGUUUAAAAGUACAGUUGUCUGCUCGUCAUGCAAACAUGUUUCUGUUACGUACGAACCAUUCAUGUAUCUCUCCGUCCCUUUGCCUCAUGCCAUGGAGAGACAAAUAUGUGUAACAUUUGUAUCAGCAAAUGCGAAGAAGCCCAUCCGUUAUCUAGUGACCUUGAAUAAACAAGAUAAAAUCAUAAAAUUAAAAGAAGAACUAAUAAAAUGUAUUGGUCAUGAUGUACCAAAAAAUAUUGCUUUGGCAGAAGUUUUGGAUAGCCACAUAGCAAGAAUAUUGGAUGAAAAUUCACUUUUGCGCUAUGUGAAUGAUACUAACCGCAGUAUAUAUGCUUUUGAAAUUCUCCCACCUCCAGCUGCAAGUGAUUUGAAAAAUAAGAUGCUUGAAGAAAAAUCACUUCCACAGUGUGCAAGAUCUCCCAAUGAUCAGGACAGCAGCAAGAAGUCUGGAGAGCCUCUAGACUUGGAAGGCGAGGACGUGAUGGAUAUUCCAAGCAAUGAUGGGUCAGGAGAUGCCAGUAGUGAUGCACUUGCCUUUGGGCCUCUUACUGAAAGUGAAUACGAGAGACUGACUGGUAAUUUGGCUAGUGGCCCUGGUGAGAAGGGGGAUGGAUGGAGGAGUUGUGCCAUCUGUCUGGAGGAGAUGGAUACAGACCUUCGACGACAUGCGUCAUGUAGCUGUGUUUUGUGCGAAUCAUGCAUUGAUACCUCCUGCAAGCACUAUGGGGGUGAUGAACUUGUGUGCCCAGUCUGUGGGGUUGUGGCCAAGCCAGAGGCUGAGUUUAUUCCGCUGGAUAAGUUGGGCAAUUACAAGCCAACUGUCAGGUUGCUGAAUGUGCCCAUAGUGUUCCGAUUGGACAGCGAGGGGGAUGGUAAUAACAACAAGAAAGUUAUGAAAUUGUUUGGGCACCCAAAUCUGGUACGGCUACCAAACCGGAUACAGGGCCAAGAUCUGUAUGCAGCUGUGGAUCGCCUUGUCCCUUAUGUUGUGCCGUACUCCAUUCUUCUGGUAGAUGGACAGGGUUACCACUGUUCGCGCUGCAUGUACACGAUGCAUUGCAGAGGUUGCCAUGUAGCGCCAGAAGGAGAGUUGCUGCUGCAGAAUGGGGACACAUUGGCAGUGCGGUUCUCUGAACCAGUGGACCGGAUGGACUUAGCAGUUGAACAUCCUAGCAUGAAGCUCAUGCGUCGCCAAGACCCCCUGUCACUUUAUGACUGUCUUCAGGCUUUUAGUGAAAGUGAACAGCUGGAUGAACACAACCCUUGGUACUGCCCCAUGUGUCAGAAGAAUCAAUGUGCCACAAAGACUCUCUCGGUGUGGAGAUACCCUGACUUCCUGAUUGUCUACCUUAAGAGAUUCAUUUUCCAUGAGUGUGUGAGUGUUAAGCUUGAUAACAAAGUGACCUUCCCCCUCAUGGGUCUGAGUGUGACGCCUCCAGCACUUCUGCAGCGUGGGACAUCCCAUCCGUACAAUCUGUAUGCGUGUGUUUGCCAUUUUGGAGGAUCUGCAGCUGGCCACUACACAUCCUAUGCAAAGAACCCACGGACAGCUGAGUGGCAUUACUUCAAUGAUGAUGUAAUCACGAAACAGAAGCCCCAAGAGGAGGACUACAGCAAUGCUUACAUUCUGUUCUAUCAGAGACAGGGUGUGACAUAUGACCUGAGUAUGCCCAAGCUGUUGAUGGGUGCAGGCAGCCCAAAACCAAACAUUGAACAGCUGAUUCUGGAUCUGGACUCUUCCGUGCAGCAAGACUGGGAAGAGGAAAACAUGGCUCACAGUCUGGCCAGCUAAGGGUGACUCACUUCAUAAUACAAUUGUAGUUUGACAUGUUCAUUGAGUGUCAGAUUGAUUAAAAUACCUCAUACUGUUUUGUCAAAUGAGUGGUAGAGUUACAAGCGUCAUGAGGAGACUUGAGAUUGCAUUUGUGUUGUUGGUCUUCUGUAUUAAAUUCUGAGGCAAGCUGUGCGAUUUCCCUCUUUGUCCUGAAUGACACAGUUCUGUUGGAACUCCAUUUUAAUGUGUACUUGGUAAAUGAACUGAUACUCUAGUAUAUGCAGUGGAGUUCUUGCUAGUUUCUAUUGCUGUAAAAAGUAAUCUCUCAUUUAGUGCGUGUUGUCUGGCAAAAUUAUCUCUGGUUUAGUGUGACUGUAGACAAAUUGUAUGUUCAGUCAUCAUCUUACCAGAUGCCACCAGUGGGCAGCAUCAGUCAAUUAACAUAUAUGAUAUUGUGAGGAUAUUUUCACCUCCUGUACCCACUAUGCAUUCUUAUGAACGGAGAUUUUGAUCUUUUUGCACCAUGUGAGAUGUGCUUAAAUGUGUAGUCACUGUGUGGGCCCAGAAGUUACGUCGGAAGAAGAUUGAAAAUUGGUCAAGUCUGGACAAGGGUUCAGUGAUCAGCUCUUCUGCUUGGUUCCGUAAGGAGUGUUUACUCUGGAAUUCCACAGGUGAUAGUCUUGUGCAUUACUCAGUCAGCUGACUAUGUUUGCUAACAUUAAUAUUUGUUAUGUUUCUCUGUGAUGGACAUGUUGCUGCGGCUGUUUGUAGAACGAGUACAGAACCUGUCAAAAACUUUACUUAUUAUUUAUGUGAUUCAUGGCUGAAGUGCUCAGAUAUUCGGGAAAGACAGUAAUAAAUCAUAGUUGUAUUUAUGGAGAAAUUAACAGUGGAUUAAAUUUGCCAAAUGCUUUCUACCAUUCACUUCCAUGAUCUUGUAUUUUCCUGUCUGCUUUGUAAAAAUUAAAAUAUAACUAUGAUU